AUGGUUCUGGUGGCGUGGAAGGUAGGCGCUACUCCUGCUCUAAUCAAAGCUGAGAUGCCGUGGUCAGUUCAAAGGGGGAAUCUAUCGGAGAAAGAACGCGUCUUAAAAACAGUGAAGGGCAUACUUAACAAGUUGACUCCGGAGAAAUUUGAUCUUCUCAAGGGUCAAUUGAUCGACUCUGGGAUCACAACAGCUGAUAUUCUAAAGGAAGUUAUCUCCUUGAUAUUUGACAAGGCUGUUCUGGAGCCCACCUUUUGCCCCAUGUAUGCCCAACUGUGUUUUGACCUCAGUGAGAAGCUACCUGCGUUCCCAUCUGAAGAACCUGGUGGGAAAGAGAUCACUUUUAAACGAAUUCUCUUAAAUAAUUGCCAGGAGGCAUUUGAAGGUGCUGAUAACCUGAGGGAAGAAAUAAGGCAGAUGAAUGCUCGUGAGCAGGAGUUGGAACGCAGAGAUAAAGAAAGAAUAGUCAAACUUCGCACUCUUGGAAACAUACGUCUAAUUGGAGAGCUUUUGAAGCAGAAGAUGGUACCUGAAAAGAUUGUUCAUCACAUUGUUCAGGAGCUUCAAGGGCAGGAUAGCAAGAUUUGUCCUGAAGAGGAAAAUGUUGAGGCCAUAUGUCAGUUCUUCAACACCAUUGGUAAACAGCUUGAUGAGAGCCAAAAAUCAAGGCGUAUUAACGAUAUUUACUUCAAUCGAUUGAAGGAAUUGUCAACGAACCCUCAACUGGCACCGCGAUUGAGGUUCAUGGUCCGUGAUAUUCUUGAUUUGCGCACAAAUAAUUGGGUUCCCAGGCGGGAAGAGGUGAAAGCCAAAACCAUCACUGAGAUCCAUUCGGAAGCAGAGAAGAAUCUGGGGUUGCGUCCAGGUGCUACUGCAAGCAUUAGAAAUACUCGUGGUAUUGCUACUGGUGCAUCAGGUAGUAUCAGCCCCGAGGUUUUCCCUAUCAAUCGCCCUGGCUCUGGUGGCAUGAUGCCUGGAAUGCCUGGAACGAGGAAGAUGCCUGGAAUUGAUAGCGAUAACUGGGAGGUUCCUAGGUCUCGAUCCAUCCCAAGGGGUGAUGGCUUAAAUAGUCAGCCUGCUGGACGUGUUCAGCCACCAUUGGUUGGCAAGUCGCCGGUGUUGAACACCCGACUUCUGCCUCAGGGUAGUGGUUUCAUAAGUGGUAGGACUAGUGCUCUAUUGCAAGGUGGUACAGGUGCCCCUACUGUCCGCCCACCCCAAUUUGGUGUUGUUAUGGACCCUGCAUCACAAGUGCCUCCUCCUGGUAGACCUGUUCCAACUGUAUCUGUGCUUCCUGUUGCUGAUAAACCAGCGGCUCCUGCAAGGUUUAAGCCAGAGGAGCUUAGGAGAAAAACAAUCUCUCUUCUGGAAGAAUAUUUUAGUGUCCGAAUGUUGGAUGAAGCAUUACAAUGUGUGGAGGAAUUGAAAUCCCCCAAUUACCAUCCCGAGGUUGUCAAGGAAGCCAUUAACCUGGCAUUGGAGAAAAGUCCUCCCUCUGUAGAACCAGUUGCGAAACUUCUGGAGUACUUGUUUGCCAAAAAAGUUCUUACUGCUAAGGACAUAGGGACUGGAUCUUUUCUUUAUGGCUCGACGUUGGAUGACAUUGGCAUCGAUAUUCCUAAAGCUCCAAAUAAUUUUGGCGAGGUUAUUGGAAGACUGGUCUUGUCUGGGGGAUUAGACUUCAAGGUGGUGAAGGAGAUCUUAAAGAAGGUUGAGGAUGUCAUGUUCCGGAAAGCCAUUUUUGCUGCUGCAAUGAGGAUUGUUAGCUCCAGUCCGGCUGGCGAAGGGCUGUUGAGUUCACAGGCGUCUGAUAUCGAGGCCUGCGAGAGCCUACUCUAGCAACUGUGCUCCUCCCUUGCCAGAGUAUGUUUCUGUAACCUCGUAGAUUGAUUGUGCUCUAUUUCACUUUUCUUUACAAUGCUCCUCCGAAUUACAUCCACUGGAACUGUGCAACUUUUACACCAUGUGGUGAGGUGGAGCCUGCGAAGAACAGGUGAUUUUGCGCGCUGUAUAUUUUCCUGAGGUCAUAGUAGUGUGUGUUCAUGAAAGGUAGAAGAUCAGAUCAUAGUGCAAUGGACUUUGAUCUCGAUUGUGGCUAAUUAUGUGCCAUAGUUGCUCGAGAUGAAGGUUCCUUUAUUGGACUCAAAAGUGUUUUGUAUUUCGUGAGUUUUUCAAUUAUUUUCGUUUCUUGACUUGUUAUUUAGUUUUGGAAUGUGACUUCAUAAAUGUGACUUCUAUUCCGUUGCAUCCUUUCAAACGAUAAUGUUAUGAGGUAUUUUUACAUUCUUAUGUAUGUUGUUUUUCAGUUGGGUAUUGAAUGUAUCCAGUUUUGUUGCAUGUCUUUGGCUUCUAGGGUGUGGUAUGUAUGAUGUUUCCAGGCUGAUGGGCGUAUUUUUUGGUGGCGUAAAUGUCGAAGAAAAUGGUGCAUUUGCCUGAUCUUCAAUGGCACUUUUGUGUGGUUAUACAACAGGCUACCUACUGGGAUAUCUUUGUAUCUGGUAUCUUUUUCCCAAGUUGACGAAACUUUGAAACUUUCUUUCAUAAUUACCAGCAGUUUGUAACUUAUUGUUCAGUCUAUUUUUUAAUGAAAGUGUGAUUUAGAUCUACAAUUUCAAUGUUAGAGCGUGUUUGCAGAACACACUU